UGAGGAGGGAUCAGAACGAGACCAAACACGGCAGUGAGUGAAAGGGACAAAAGCGCAGCUCAUUUUCAAUACAACACCGACAUGUUUCUAUCGCUACACCUGGGAAAAGAAGACAGCAGCUGAAAUAAGAGGUGUAGUUGGGAAUUGGUUUGAAAAAAUGGUGACUCUUAAACACUUGAGCGUUAACGACAAUGACGAAGACAGCGUUCCUCUGUUACCGGAAGCCAGCAGCUUGGAGAGCCCAACCACCCAACACAGCAGGGCAGAGUCCAGAGAAUUCUUCAUUAGCCGGAGGAACAACUUCAUUUUAAGCAUUGCUCUGUUGUUGAGCUGUUAUUCGGCCAUUCUGGUUCCUGCGUAUCUGCCAGCCCCAGAGCCCAUCUGGACGAAUGACAGUUCUGCUGAAACUCUGGCUCUGCUGAACCGGUCAGCGGCUCUGCUGUCUCAGUCCUGCCGCAGCAGCUGGAGUGUGGAGAGGUUGAGGACGAUGUCUAUACCCGCUGGGCUUCUGAAGAUUCCCGUGUUCCUGGAGAACGGCACAGGAGACUGGGGACUGCCUCCUCCUCUGGGUCUGCAGGGUAGUGAGGAGAUGGUGGCUCAGGCCCUGAAAGCCCUGCCUUAUACUGCUGUGCCCACUGGCUCAGAGACCUGCAGGAGAUGCGUGGUGGUUGGAAGUGGUGGCAUUUUACACGGCAAAAAUCUUGGCCCUCAUAUAGACCAGUACAACAUCAUCAUCAGAGUGAACAAUGCUCCAGUAUUUGGAUAUGAAAAAGAUGCCGGAUCUAGAACUACCAUUCGACUCAUUUAUCCAGAAGGGGCUCCUUCUCAGUCACAAGAAUAUAAGAGUACUGAAGUGGUGGCUUUGGUGGCUUUCAAGAGUUUAGAUUUAGCAUGGCUUAUCUCUGUAGUAACCAAAGAGCCUUUGAGUUGGUGGUCUAAAUUGUGGUUCUGGAAGAAUGUAAUAGACUCGAUACCUCUUCAACCAGAAAAUGUCCGCAUCCUAAAUCCUGAAAUCAUGUACAGGACUGGACAGGUGCUGCAAACCUAUGCAGAGCAACAGAAAAAGAUUGUGCCGACGCUGGGUAUAACGGCAGCAGUUCUGGCCCUGCAGAUGUGUGAUGAGGUGAGUUUAGCUGGAUUUGGAUACGACCUGCAGCACCCUGGAGCUCUGCUGCAUUAUUACGGCUCUAUCCGCAUGGAUGCCAUGAACACACAGGUAGUUCACGAUGUCAGCGCUGAGACCAUCUUUCUGCGGGAGCUGGUCAAAUCUGGAGUGGUGCGAGACCUCACUGGUGCACUGUGACGACUGCAGAAACUUCCCAUGUUUCUAAAAGUUAAGAGAGAUGACAAACAGCAGAAAACGGUCCAGAAAGCUGGACUUAAACAGGCAACCUUUAAAUUAAAAAAAACA